CCAAGAUGCUCACAAACCCAAGAUUACUAUAAACUCAAGAUGUUUAAACCUUCUACGCUAUAUUCCAGUUUAUUUCGUUCGUUCCAUUUCAUUUACUUGAUGUCUUAAACAGUUUAAUGAAUAAUUAUGCACGUGAUAACACCUCUGGUCACCAAUAAUUAGACAAUCAUUAUUAAAUUGCUACUGAAACCCAACUAUAAACGGAAUAAUUACUAGACAAUUUGAAACAAAAUCGUUAAGCAAAUUAUGUUUUCAAGUUUAGUGUGCUUGAAAGCGGCCUUCGUUGAACAUGUUCCGCAAGAUUGUUCGAAUAUCCUUUGCGAUCCACGCUUUACUCAGUAUUCGUGCACAGGCCGAUCGACAAGAGCAAGUUUUAGAUUAUCUAACCAAUAUCACCCACAAUCUUCAGAUCCAACAUGCUGGAGUGUUUAAUUGCUGGCUACUACAGUUUUCCAACAAAUCUGUACUAUCACCUCUGCUGAACGACAUCGCACAGCGCCUGAGUAAUCAAGAUAUCAGUCUGUUGCAAGCGGACCAUCGGGGUCAGCAUGUUCCUACAUUCCGAGAGCCCAACUUGGUCAUAAUACUGUGGGGAAACCAACAUCAACCAUUUGACAACUUCUACACCAGCCAGUGGAUAGUGAACAUACCGCCCGAAUGUCCUACAAUUGUCCUGUAUGAACAUGAUGAAACUGGGACUGAUCAGCCAAGAAAAAUUGGAGAGUAUUUCCAAACGAGAUUGGUGUUCUACUUCAUAUUGAUCGCAAUCAACGAGGACGCCGUGUUCUGCUUUCGUUAUCAACCGUUACGCAUCACGAGUCACUCCGGCCUCCCCACGCUCGAUCAACUGUUCUUCGACCGGCUACAGACGAUGCAGUUCAAAAGUUUAGUGGCGGGAUACGUUAAGGAUUACUACACAUCCAUUUACUGUGAAAAGCUGCACGCUUCGAUGCAACAGCAAUGAAUCUCUGGCCCAGUGUGUAUCGCGGUAUAAUCCGAUACAUUUGAUGCUAAAUCGAUAUUUUAUGGUGCAGUACGACAAAUUCGCCGUAAGUGGUGUAGCCAUGGAACAGUUCGCUAUUGCCACACCGA